AUGACGCAGAUUAUGGUCGCCCUGGAACGAGAUAUUGAAUAUACAGAGCUCCCGAAAGAGGCUGACGUUGAAUACACUACCGCCACCGAGGACGCAGCCGAGCAAAAGAUGAACACCUCAGCGGCUGAGGUACAUCGAGUCGACAAGACGUGGCCCUCUGAAGGUCGCAUCGAUUUCGAAGACUUCUCGGCGUCCUAUCGGCCGUCCGUCCUAAACGACUCCCUGAGGCACGUCACGUUUACAGUCAGCGCAAGGGAGAAGGUUGGUGUUGUAGGUCGAACUGGAGCCGGGAAAUCGUCCCUGGUACUUGCCUUACUGCGAGUGCUGAAAAGCACCGGCGGGCGGAUCCUUAUCGACGGCGUGGACAUCGCAUCGGUGCCUCUCAACAGACUACGUACAGCUAUUACAGUCAUUCCUCAGGAUCCAAGCCUGGUGCGUGGUACCUUGCGUGCUAACCUGGAUCCCACCCACCAUCAUACGGAUGAAGAACUCUGGCAGGUGCUGCGACAGACGCAUUUGCACAACUUCGUUUCCAGCCAACCACUCAAGCUAAUGCUUGAAACGGGAGAUGGAGGCGGCAAACUCAGGUGA